AUGAUCCCAGUUCUCAUGGAUGACUUUGAGGGUUUCAAGACUUCAGUGGAGGAUGUAACUGCAGAUGUGAUGGAAAUAGCACGAGAAAUUGAAUUAGAAGUGGAGACUGAAGAUGGGACUAACUUGCUGCAGUCUCAUAAUAAAACAGAUGAGGAGUUGCUUUUUACAAAUGAGCAAACACAGUGGUUUGUUGAGAUGGACUGUACUCCUGAAUUGAGUCAUUUGGAACAGCAACUUGAAGAAGCUAAUUCUGUGAGGCGAGAACUAGAUGAUGCUUUUAGACAAAUCAAGGCUUAUGAAAAGCAAAUCAGAACGUUACAACAAGAAAGGGAAGACCUAAAUAAGGAACUAGUCCAGGCUAGUGAGCGAUUAAAAAACCAAUCCAAAGAGCUGAAAGACGCACACUGUCAGAGGAAACUGGCCAUGCAGGAGUUCAUGGAGAUCAAUGAGCGGCUAACAGAAUUGCACACCCAAAAACAGAAACUUGCUCGCCAUGUCCGAGAUAAGGAAGAAGAGGCGGACCUGGUGAUGCAAAAAGUUGAAAGCUUAAGGCAAGAGCUGCGCAGAACAGAAAGAGCCAGAAAAGAGCUGGAAGUUCAUACAGAAGCUCUAGCUGCUGAAGCAUCUAAGGACAGGAAACUGCGUGAACAGAGCGAACACUAUUCUAAGCAACUAGAAAAUGAAUUGGAGGGACUGAAGCAAAAACAGAUUAGUUACUCACCAGGGGUAUGCAGCAUAGAGCACCAGCAAGAGAUAACCAAACUAAAGACUGACUUGGAAAAGAAAAGUAUCUUUUAUGAAGAAGAAUUAUCUAAAAGAGAAGGAAUACAUGCAAAUGAAAUAAAAAAUCUGAAGAAAGAACUGCACGAUUCAGAAGGCCAGCAACUUGCUCUAAACAAAGAGAUUAUGAUUUUAAAAGACAAAUUGGAAAAAACGAGGAGAGAGAGUCAAAGUGAAAGGGAAGAAUUUGAAAAUGAAUUUAAACAACAGUAUGAACGAGAAAAAGUGUUGUUAACUGAAGAAAAUAAAAAGCUGACAAGUGAACUUGAUAAGCUUACCACUUUGUAUGAGAACUUAAGUUUGCACAACCAGCAGUUAGAAGAAGAGGUAAAAGAUCUAGCAGACAAGAAAGAAUCAGUUGCACAUUGGGAAGCCCAAAUCACAGAAAUCAUUCAGUGGGUCAGUGAUGAAAAGGAUGCGCGAGGGUAUCUUCAGGCCUUAGCUUCUAAAAUGACUGAAGAAUUGGAGGCAUUAAGAAAUUCCAGCUUGGGUACACGAGCAACAGAUAUGCCCUGGAAGAUGCGUCGUUUUGCAAAACUGGAUAUGUCAGCUAGACUGGAGCUGCAGUCAGCUCUGGAUGCAGAAAUAAGAGCCAAACAGGCCAUCCAAGAAGAACUGAAUAAAGUUAAGGCGUCUAACAUCAUAACAGAAUGUAAACUAAAAGAUUCAGAGAAGAAGAACUUGGAACUACUGUCAGAAAUUGAACAACUGAUAAAGGACACCGAAGAGCUUAGAUCUGAAAAGGGUAUAGAGCACCAAGACUCACAGCACUCUUUCUUGGCAUUUUUGAAUACGCCUACCGAUGCUCUGGAUCAAUUUGAAGAUUCCUUUUCUUCUUCCUCAUCUUCACUGAUUGAUUUUUUGGAUGACAUUGUAGACUGUACUCCACUUCCAGUUCACACACCAACCUUAAGGAAAAAAGGGUGUCCUGGUUCAACCGGCUUUCCACCUAAGCGCAAGACUCAUCAGUUUUUUGUAAAAUCUUUUACUACUCCUACCAAAUGUCAUCAGUGUACCUCCUUGAUGGUGGGUUUGAUAAGACAGGGCUGUUCAUGUGAAGUGUGUGGAUUCUCAUGUCAUAUAACAUGUGUAAACAAAGCUCCAACUGCUUGUCCAGUUCCUCCUGAGCAGACAAAAGGUCCCCUGGGUAUAGAUCCACAGAAGGGGAUAGGAACAGCCUAUGAAGGUCAUGUCAGGAUUCCUAAGCCAGCUGGCGUGAAGAAAGGGUGGCAAAGAGCACUGGCCAUAGUCUGUGACUUCAAACUCUUUCUGUACGACAUUGCUGAAGGAAAAGCUUCUCAGCCCAGUGUGGUCAUCAGCCAGGUGAUUGACAUGAGGGAUGAAGAAUUUUCCGUGAGUUCAGUCUUGGCUUCUGAUGUUAUUCAUGCAAGUCGAAAAGAUAUACCCUGUAUAUUUAGAGUCACUGCUUCCCAGCUCUCAGCAUCUAGUAGCAAAUGCUCCAUCCUGAUGCUAGCAGAUAGUGAGAACGAGAAGAGUAAGUGGGUGGGAGUGCUGAGUGAAUUGCACAAGAUUUUGAAGAAAAACAAGUUCAGAGAUCGCUCCGUCUAUGUUCCCAAAGAGGCUUAUGACAGCACUCUACCCCUCAUUAAAACAACCCAGGCAGCUGCAAUCAUAGAUCAUGAAAGGAUAGCAUUGGGAAAUGAAGAAGGGUUAUUUGUUGUGCAUGUCACCAAAGAUGAAAUUAUUAGAGUUGGAGACAAUAAGAAGAUUCAUCAGGUUGAACUCAUUCCAAAUGAUCAGCUUGUCGCUGUGAUCUCAGGACGAAAUCGUCAUGUACGACUUUUUUCCAUGUCAGCUUUGGAUGGGCGAGAGACAGAUUUUUACAAGCUGGCAGAAACUAAAGGGUGUCAAACCAUAACCUCUGGAAGGGUGCACCAUGGAGCUGUCACGUGCCUGUGUGUGGCUAUGAAAAGGCAGGUCCUCUGUUAUGAACUAUUUCAGAGCAAGACUCGUCACAGGAAAUUUAAGGAAAUUCAAGUCCCGUAUAAUGUCCAGUGGAUGGCAAUCUUCAGUGAACAACUCUGUGUGGGAUUCCAGUCAGGAUUUCUGAGAUACCCCUUGAAUGGAGAAGGAAGUCCAUCUAGUCUGCUCCAUUCCAGUGACCACACACUAUCAUUUAUUGCACAUCAACCAAUGGAUGCCAUCUGCGCAGUUGAGAUCUCCAGUAAAGAGUACCUGCUGUGUUUUAGCAGCAUCGGGAUAUACACUGACUGCCAGGGCCGAAGAUCUAGACAGCAAGAACUGAUGUGGCCAGCAAAUCCCUCCUCUUGUUGUUACAAUGCACCAUAUCUCUCAGUGUAUAGUGAAAAUGCGGUUGAUAUCUUUGAUGUGAACUCCAUGGAAUGGAUUCAGACUCUUCCUCUCAAAAAGGUUCGACCCUUAAACAGUGAAGGAUCAUUAAAUCUUUUAGGGUUGGAGACAAUUAGAUUAAUAUAUUUCAAAAAUAAAAUGGCAGAAGGGGACGAACUGGUAGUUCCUGAAACAUCAGAUAAUAGUCGGAAACAGAUGGUUAGAAAUAUCAACAAUAAGCGGCGUUAUUCAUUUAGAGUCCCAGAAGAGGAAAGGCUGCAACAGAGGAGGGAGAUGCUACGAGAUCCAGAAAUGAGAAAUAAAUUAAUUUCUAACCCAACUAAUUUUAACCACAUAGCACACAUGGGUCCUGGAGAUGGAAUACAGAUCCUGAAAGACCUGCCCAUGAACCCUCGGCCUCAGGAAAGUCGGACAGUAUUCAGUGGCUCAGUCAGUAUUCCAUCUAUCACCAAAUCCCGCCCUGAACCAGGUCGCUCCAUGAGCGCCAGCAGCGGCCUGUCAGCAAGGUCAUCCACACAGAAUGGCAGCGCGUUAAAGAGGGAGUUCUCGGGAGGAAGCUACAGUGCAAAGCGGCAGCCUCUGCCCUCCCCAUCAGAAGGCUCUUUGUCUUCGGGGGGCAUGGACCAAGGAAGCGAUGCCCCGGCCAGGGACUAUGAUGGAGAGGACUCUGAUUCUCCAAGACAUUCCACAGCUUCCAAUAGUUCCAACCUGAGCAGCCCCCCAAGCCCAGUUUCACCCCGAAAGACCAAGAGCCUCUCUCUGGAGAGCACCGACCGCGGGAGCUGGGACCCGUGAGCUGCAAGAGCACUGGGCCCCCGCGCGGGCGGCUUGUGCUCAGCUCCCUUCCACUCACUUCUUCCCUCACUGUCACUCGUCCCUCCACCUGGGCCUGGAUGUGACCAGGGGCUGGCAGCAGUAGCAGGGUAGGGACUCCAGAGUUCUCGCAAUGUGACUUGCAGGCCCAUGCCCCUCGCCUAACGGUGACGACAAAGGCAGACUUCCAUUAAGCAGCUUAGACGAAUAUUGAUUUCAUUCCAUACACUAGCAUUGCUUCAGUAAUACUUCACCCCUCCCCCAAAUGGUAGCCUACGUAGACAGAUCACACGUUGUAAGUGAUAAGAAUAAGACUAGACAGAUUUUGUUUUCACAGUAGAGUCUCAUUUUAGUCCCAAAGUAGCGCAUGGGAUUCUCCACAUCGGGAGGGAGAGUCUGUCUCUGGCACACUGAGCUGUCACCUAGCAGCCACUGUGAGUGUCAACCUGAUUGUGGCCAGGAAGUCCUUACGAAUUAAAACAAUGCAUAUUUUACUACAAUACAGAGUUUAAAUAAAUACAUAAAUGUAGAAGUUAAAUACUGAAUGUAUAUAGUCCAAAGAAGCGUCUUGUAUUCAACGAAAGAUAGAUGCAUAUAUAAAAGAAAGAAAUCAUUUAAUUUAAAAAAAAAUGUUUUGUCUGUUUCCCAGUUAAGUAAUGUAAAAGGUAGAAAAGUCUCCAGAUGACAUUCAUAGAAUGGGCGUGAGAGAAAUCAGAGUUCCUGUAGGACCCUGUUCUCAGUCUGGUCACAGGCUGCAGUCACCUGGGGAGCAUUAGAAACCAUUGCAGACCCCGGUUCCGUUGGUUUGGAGUGCAACCUGGACACCAGAGUUUUACUGCUUGCAGCCACAUCAGCAACAGCAUAAAAAGGCAAGCUCACCUCUACCCACGACAUUUCUUUUUCUAGAGGUGGAAUUCGAACCACACUUCUAAUUUUUCAUUAUAUUUUGAUAUCUUCUGCAGAUAAAUGUAGAAAUACAGUUCUGUCACCUUCUGAUCCCUUCCAUCUGAAAGGACACAGGGAGUGUCGUGGCUUCUGAAGGUCCAUUAAAAAGGUUCAGAAAAAUGCUUUUUUCCCCUGGGCUAAUCCUGUCCCUACCUAAGUUACAGUGAGGUGUCCAUCCUGGGGCUGGAGACGGCUUCCCAGGGAAGAGUCUUGUUUUGUUGAGGGUGAGUGUGAGCUUCCUCAGAUAAGCCUGGGCAAAAAGGCUUUCAUUACCAAAUAAUAUAAACCUCAAAAGCAAGGACUUGAACAGCCUUAACCAAAUAUUCUUCCCCAUACCCAGUGGAAAACGGAUGUAAUUAACCCCAGUACACAGGCAAGAAGUUAGCCCAGCAUGGCCGUUUUGACUGAAUUUCUCCCUCAGUUGCUGUAUUGUGUUGUUAGAUACAUUUCCAUUUGAAUUCCUGCUGUUUUAAUUGCCAUAAGGAAAUGAGAUACAGAACCAGAAGAACUUAUUUCUACAGAGUCAUUUCACCAGUUAAGCACAUGAGUAGAGAAAGAUAAAAAUAAAAAUAUCUCAUGGAAGUAAAGAGAAUCUGCCUCUCUUUUACUUUUCAUCUAAGUUUCUCUGAGAAAUAGAAAAAAGAUUUUCUCCUCUCUUUGAGAUUCCGCUAAAAUGCAGAAAGUUGUCCAGCAGUUACUAAUCUGGGAUUGCAGUGUCCAAGCCCUGUCAUGUCAGCACUGACAUCGGGGACUUCACCUGCCCUCUGCUGCUGCAGGGAGCUGAGGCCAUGUCCAGGGUGACACUACUUCAUGGAGAUGUCACUGAGACCUGGUGAGGGGGAAGGAUUCUGAUGCGGGAUUAUAUCAUAGAUGGUCAUAAUAGGAAAUUUUAAAAUGACAGCUUUAACACGUGAAACAUUCUGGAUUCGGUAUUGGCUCAGAUUUGAUUAUAUUUUAUUCUGGAGGGUGUAAUUCACUGCAUGGUUCUAAUCUCCCGGAUCAUUUUGCUUUCGGAAAAGAAGAGUCAUGCAGAAUUACUUCUGUACAUCCAAACAUCCAGGGUCAGACCUCGAGUUUGGCCGUUGCCCUGUGACUCUGGGAGCUCCGUACCCUGGGCACUUCACAUGAGCGGGAAUCGACUUGCCAGCUACUGCUGGGGGCUGCUCCCCUCCUGUCCUGCUCGCCCUCCCUGUCUUCUUUCCUUUCCCUCCCUUUUCCUCUCUUUCUUCUCUUCCCAGAGAGAGCUGAGAUUGACAGGGCUCUCCACUAAGCCAUUGCUUUGUGGCUUUGACAACUAAUUGUGAAUUUUUGUUGCUUAUAGGUUCUUAUUUUUCAAAGGAUGCUUUUAGGAUCAAAAUAUAACCCUACGUAACUCUAGGCUCCACUACAAUGAGUCAUACUCUUCAGCCUCCUGACAGGGCAGGAGAGAGAGAGUGUCUGAAGGCUCUCCUGGGCUGCCAGGCUGACUGGCAGCUUGUUCGUAUUAACCCAGUGGAUUGCACCACAGCACUUUCUGGUUUUGCCACUGCAAUCGUAAGUAGUGUCAGCAGUCGUACAGAGCAGCCCCAAAUAUAUUUAGAUUCUAAAAGAGAACUUUGGGAGAGAAACACUGCCAGGGGUAAUAGUUUUGGGGGAGAUUUUCACAAGAUAAUGAUCGUCCUCCUGAGCUUAUCCCAACCUUCAGAAGUUCCCGAGGAGAGUGAUUUGAAAAGACGAGGACUAAGUUCCAGGGCAGCAAAACAUGAUGAUCAUGCAAAGGGUCAGCAACGAAGGCCACAGAAAAGGUGUUUUAUCCCUGUCCGAAGUCAUCCUUUGUUUUUGUGCAGGACUUAUUUCUCUCCUCAAUAGAAAGGAAAAGUACAUUCAGAGGCAUGCCUGGCAUGGUCUGUAUGUGUUGGUAUUUGGUGGUAUGUCCAGCCAAUUUGUCGUCUCCUCUUGAAUUCUGACUGAUCUUGUCAUGUGCUUUGGGUACAUAAAAUUAUAUAUAUGUAUUUUUUUCUUUUUGCCAAAAACAAAAGCCUUCUUCCUUGUUGAAUGAUUGCUAAAGCAGAUUUUACUUCUUUAGUGGUUAAAAUAUAUAUUCAUAUACAUAUUUACACAUAGACAGACACGCACACUACACUUAGUGGGCUACGUUCUUUCCCAGGGAGCACAGCUUUGUGGCUAGGAGAUAGGACUAGGAAGGGCCCAUCUGUCUGGUUUUCCAAUCAGUGCUUGUACCUAGGCUCCAGAGGAGAAUCUGAAAUUCCUGUUACGUUUACAGCAACAGUCUGUCAUUCCCUGGCUGCCUUUCAGUCUCUAUCUCCUAUCCAAUGGUUAGAAUCACGUCAUUUUGUUACUUAGUGACCACAUCUAUUUCUGAGAAAGACCAGUGGCAUUUAUUUGGAUCUCAGGUAUCAUUAAAGAAAAGCCAGAGCAGGGCAGGUGGCCAUCCUAACUCACCCGAUGUAGUAGGACUGAUUGCUGGCCUUAGGCAGUGAUCACAAACCCCGCAGUCUCCUAGCUAAGUGGGCCUGGCUAAGGCGCAACGUCCCCUUGCUGACCAGAGGGGCACCUGGAGCAGCCCGACGCUCCUGCUGUGGGCCAGACUUUGCUGUAGCCACGUGCACCGGGCACAACGGGAACUAGUUGGGCACUUGCUUCCCCACCUCUUCCCGACCCAGCCCCUGAUUUAGAAGAGCUGCAUGAUAUUUCAUUGAGGCCCUUUGAAAACGUCUUUCCUUGUUAUGACUUUAAUCCUUGCUCAAGUCCAGAGUUCUCUGUGGAGCGUGCUGGAGAAGGAGAGCCUUGCCUCGGCGGGAGUGCGGCCUCCCGUCCUCAACCAGCAGGCCAGGGACAGCCGCUAUGCGCAAGACACCGUGGCAGUCAUGGGGACACCGCCUCACCCACAUCCACCUUGAAAUCCCCUGAAGACAAAAUGACCUGCCUUUUUAUUUGAUAGUGUGAUAUCAUUUAUUUUAUAAAUUUUUUAGGGUUUUUUUCUCAUUGUAAUAUUAUUGUACAGUUUUGCAUGGUCUAGGUGUAAUCAUUUUUUGUUUAGAAUAUAAUGCUGACAAAUGUGUGUGUAUGGAAGGGGAAAAACUAUUGCUUUGGCUUUUAUCACUCCUUAUUUUAUUGUUUGGUUUUAUGCCCUCAAUGUCUUAGGGAGCUUUAUGAGAUUCUCUGCUACCAAACAAUGAUGUGGAUUCUUUUGCACAGAAAUAUUUAAGAUGGGAUAGUAAAAAAUGUAACAAAGGUUCCUCACCAAUAUUUUAUGUUGGUAUCACUUAAUAUUAACCAGACUUUGAUGUACUGCAAUAAAACAGGGGACUGUUAGAA